CGAGUAUGCUCUCCUACAACAUACACAUUCAAUACAGUUCUCAUAACAAGUGUAAUAUUUAUAAAAUACAACUACGUUGUUUACUAUUUUGGUUUUGGGAAAAGGUGAUAUUGGCAAAACACAUUAAUGUCAUAAUGACAUGUAACCAAUCACAGGCAAAACAAUGUUGCCAUGGAAACGGCGUACCAUGCAAGUGGAAAACAGUGAGUUCAUGAAAUGGUGCACACCAUCCUGUCAGAAUAAUGGACAAGUUUUACUUGGCACUGAGUUUUUAUCAUCGACGGAAAUGCGAGGAGUGUGCUGCCAUUUGUACGGAGUUACUUGAAAAAAAUCCUUAUGAUCAAGCUGUAUGGACACUGAAAAUGAGAGCUCUUACUGAACAAGUCUAUGUUGAUGAUAUUGAAGCAGAAGAAGAAGGUUUAGCAGAAGUUUUAUUUGAUAGUGACACUAUUGCUGUAGUUGCAAGGCCUGGAACGUCAUUGAGAACAGCAACAACUACAGCAGGACCUAUGCAAACAUGCAGGCCCCGUACACAGACCGGUCGCCCCUUGAGUGGUGUGGUGCGCCCUGGAACUCAAUCAGGCCGCCCUGGGUCACUUGAGCAAGCUUUGAAAACUCCUAGAACUGCAAAAACUGCUCGACCUAUUACAUCGCAGUCUGCACGUACUGUGAGAUUGGGUACAGCAUCAAUGCUCACUGAACCUGGUGGACCAUUUAUUCAGUUAUCUCGCCUUAAUCUUGGCAAAUAUGCUUCACAACCAAAUGUGGCAAGGCCAUUAUUUGAAUACAUUUUUUACCAUGAAAAUGAUGUUCGACAUGCAAUGGAAUUGGCAGUGCAAGCGACACAAGCAUGCCAAUUCAAGGAUUGGUGGUGGAAAGUUCAGCUGGGCAAGUGCUAUUUUACUUUGGGAUUAAUGCGUGAUGCAGAGCAACAAUUUCGUUCAGCAUUAAAGCAACAUCAAGUAGUGGAAACAUUCUUGCGCUUAGCCCGUGUAUAUGUACGUUUGGAUCAGCCUUUGUCUGCUUUAGAUGUAUGUAAAACUGGUCUUGAAUACUUUCCUAAAGAAAUAACACUCACCAUGGAAAUUGCAAGGCUGUUUGAAGGACUGAAUAAUAUACCGUUAUCUGUAAAAUAUUAUAAAGAGCUUCUACAAGAAGAUUCUACUCAUGUAGAAGCUAUUGCGUGCAUAGGAAUGCAACAUUUUUAUACAGAUCAACCUGAGGUAGCUUUGAGAUUUUACAGGCAUCUAUUGCAGAUGGGAAUUUAUAAUGCAGAACUGUUCAACAAUUUGGGAUUGUGCUGUUUCUAUGCACAACAAUAUGACAUGACUCUUACUUGUUUUGAACAAGCUCUUAGUUUAGCAACUGAUGAGUCUGUGGCAGAUGUGUGGUAUAAUAUUUCACAUGUUGCAGUGGGAGUAGGAGAUACAAAUUUAGCAGGUCAGUGUCUUCGAUUAGCUCUGAGUGCUGAUAGCAAUCAUGCUCCUGCAUAUAACAAUUUAGGCGUUUUGGAAAUGAGACGGGGCCAUCCAGAACAAGCUCGAGCCUUUUUUCAAGCAGCUGGAAGUUUAGCACCAUAUCUGUUUGAACCACAUUACAAUUAUGCUACAUUAACCGAAAAGAUGGGUGAUUUACAAACUAGUUACAUUGUUAUUCAAAAAGCAUUACAGGCCUAUCCUAGUCAUGUGUGUUCAAAAGAACUUUUAAAGGUUCUCCAGACACAUUUUUCAUUUAUUUAACAUUAAUUGUGUAUUAGUUUGAUAAUAUUAAAAUAUCUCUGUCUGAGAUCCUUGCAGAUUUAUAUUUAGUGUACUCCUUUCAAAUAAUCAUGUGAUCAUGACCUGACAUCUUCUCUUUUCUACUUGAGCUAUUGAGGACAUUUAAAACAUGUUCAAAAAUUAAUUUUGGUCCAAUAGAAUUGUAAGUUUUAUCAGUUGUUGUUACAAGCUCCCAUAAAAAACAACCACUUUUUUAUCAAUUCCUUAGAUCACAAAUUAUAAAUUGUUACUGUUGAUAUGUUUUUAUGAAUGUAAAGAUAUAUUUAUAGAAUUAGUGUUGUUAAAUUUGUAAUAACAUACGUAUCCUAUUUAUUGUAUUUGGACAUUGGCUUUAAAUAUGUAUGUAUUGUAUGUGUCACAAUAUCACUACUGAAUUUACUUCCAUCUAUUAAAAAGUGUACAGAACAGCAAUGAGGAAUUUUGAGUUAUAAGAACAUUAUUGAUAUUACAUCCCAUAAAGUUUAUUUAAAGCUGAAAGAAAUCAUACUUGUAUAUGUGCUACAAAAAUGUGAUAGUUUCUUAUACUUGACUAGAAUAACUACUAUUUACAUUUAUUUAUUACCUGUUAUAUAUCAGCGAAUAAGAAUUUUGUAGUCCUUUUUUAAAAAUUUUAUUUAAACACCUUGUAUGUAAAGUGUGCACAAUAAAGAGUUGUUGUUGUUAUUAUUGUUGUU